CGCCAAGCUGGAGCUGGACGUGAAGACCGGGAGCGCCGGGCCCGCGGCUGCGGCACAGAGGCUCCACCAGGCAGAGACCCUGGCGGAGAGCGAGCCGGCCACGGUGGCCUCCCGGCGGAGUGGCCGGACCAGGAACGUGCUGCGCUGGUUCUCCACCGCGGUCCUGUAUGCCGCCUUCCUGGGGCUGGGAAUGAGUGUUGCUAUCCUGGGGCCCACAUUUCAAGACCUGGCAGAGAACGUGAACAGGAACAUCAGCAGCCUGUCUCUGAUAUUUGUGGGCCGCGCCACAGGGUUCUUGUGUGGCACCAUGAUUGGCGGGGUUCUCUUUGACCACAUAAAUCAAUUCUUUCUUUUGGGAUCAUCAAUGGUGGCAACUGCAGCAGGACUUUAUCUCAUCCCAUUCUGCAAGACAGCAGUCUUAUUGAUCGUCACUAUGUCUGUCUUUGGGGCUUCCGUUGGUGUUGUGGAUACAGGUGCAAAUGUCCUUAUCUUGGAUCUCUGGGGGGACAAAGGAGCCCCACAUAUGCAGGCCUUGCACUUCAGUUUCGCCUUGGGUGCCUUUCUGGCUCCCCUGCUGGCUAAGUUGGCCUGGGGUACAGCAUCUGCUCAGAACUACACCGAGUCUGACCUUGACCCUCUGAUGCUGAACCGAUCCUCCAAAGGUGUCUCAAAUUCCGUGUUUGCGGUACCCGAUGACAUGAAUCUGCUGUGGGCAUAUGCUUCCAUCGCCACUUAUGUUUUAGUAGUUUCUGUCUUUCUGUUUGGUUUGUUUUGUAAGAAACAUUCGAGGCAGAAAAAACCCAGAGCAUCUGCUGAGGGAGCUCGAAGGGCUAAAUAUCACAGGGCCCUGCUAUGCCUCCUCUUCCUCUUCUUCUUCUUCUAUGUGGGAGCCGAGGUGACCUACGGCUCUUACGUAUUCUCCUUCGCCACCACCCAUGUUGGCAUGGAAGAGAGCGAGGCAGCUGGCUUGAACUCCAUCUUCUGGGGAACCUUUGCAGCCUGCAGGGGCCUGGCCAUCUUCUUUGCNACAUUNUUACAGCCUGGAACCAUGAUUGUGCUGAGCAACAUNGGCANCCUGGNCUCAUGUUUCUUUCUGGUGCUUUUUGACAAGAGCCCUCUUUGUCUGUGGAUCGCGACUUCUGUGUAUGGAGCCUCAAUGGCAGCCACGUUUCCCAGUGGCAUCUCCUGGAUUGAGCAGUACACCACCUUAACUGGGAAAUCUGCAGCAUUCUUUGUAAUUGGCGCUGCCCUGGGAGAAAUGGCCAUUCCAGCAGUGAUCGGAAUUCUUCAGGGACACUACCCAGAUCUGCCAGUAGUUCUGUACACAUGUCUGGGCUCAGCCAUAUUCACAGCUGUUUUAUUUCCUGUGAUGUAUAAAUUGGCCACCUUACCCCUGGAACGCCAUGGCAAAGGAACAAGGAAGAGUGAGGACCAGAAAGCUUUGCCCACUAGUUCUAGGCUGUGAGGAAGAGACUACAUGAGAACCUUAAAAAAAAAAAAUGAAUGAAACAGAUUUUGAAGUUGCAGUGAGUGGUCCUUGAGGCCAUGUGUAAUGGAGACAUCUGGAGAUGUUGUGAUGGAGCCUACAAAAGUGCCUUUUUAUUGAGUUCUCUACAGUGAAUAAAAGCAAUGCCCCCGGAAUACACCUGGACAAAAAUGGACAUAUACUGAGUGAGAAUGAAUUACUUAGCAGCUUUACCAAAUGAAGAGUUCAAUCAACUGGAAAGUGAAGAUUUCCAAAACCUAUUGGUACUCAAGCUUUCUGAGCCUAUUUGUAGAGAAUGCUAGAAAAUUUAGAAAUGUUCUGUGAUUCUCAGUCAUUCAUAAACUACCAAAUGGUCUCAUAUAGUAAGAGCUCACUAGGAGACUUCUUUUUUUGGCAGAUGAAUAAUUAGAUAGUGUUUAUGGUCACCACCUUUCAGAUCCUAGGAAGAAGGCAGAGGAGGUUGGGAAGCUGUGUGCAUUCUGAUAUAUCAGCUGGGGGUUCUCAGCAGUGACCACCCACCCACAUUCGACCAAAUGUUUGUGAAAUCUUUCUUUUAAGAGUCAGAUGUUGCUAUAACUGCUGUAGACCUGGGUCACAGCAUGCCAGAGUGACAAUGACUGAUUUCAGAUUUUUAUUGCUACAACGGAAACACAAAGCAGGAUUUAAGUUAUGCAUAGCUUUUCAACAUGGCUCUGCUUUCGGGUCCUCCUGGAGGCUCUGAGUCAUAUCUUCUAGGUCAUAUCCCUGAAGAUAAGAUGAUUCCCAAAUUGAUAAUCUCUACAUCAUAAAGUUUUGCAAGAUGUCUCCUAGAAACUAAUGUAACCUCUAGCCUAUUCUUCAUUGCAAAUGUUAAGUGAACCAAAGAUGAUAAAAAGCUUAAUUAACAAUUUGAUACUGCCAUUUAAUGUACUUAAUGCCUAAUCCUCUUAUGAAAAAUACUAUUUCAGUGCAGAAUUGGGCACAUUUGAAACCAGGAUAUUCCUUACAAUAAACAAUCCUUUAACAUUUGGA